AUGGCUCAGCCAAACAAUCCAGACGCGACCACUGUAAAAUUGGUAGUAGUAGGCGACGGUGCUGUCGGAAAAACAUGCCUUUUGAUUUGCUAUACCACAAACGAAUUUCCAAAGGACUACGUUCCAACAGUGUUUGACAAUUACAUAGCACCAAUGACGGUUGAUGGCAAGGCGAUAAACUUGGGGUUGUGGGAUACGGCCGGGCAAGAAGACUACGAGCAGCUCAGGCCAUUGUCCUACCCAAACACAGACCUUUUCCUUCUCUGUUUUUCGGUAAUAUCGAGAACGUCCUUUAACAAUAUCACAGCAAAGUGGCUUCCCGAGAUUCGUCAUUAUGAACCAAAAUGCCGCGUCAUGCUUGUCGGAACGAAAACCGAUUGCCGAAACGAUGAAGCUGUUCUUCGUAAAUUGGCCGAAGACAAUCAAAAACCAUUAACAACAGAAGAUGGCGAAAGGCUUGCCAAAGAGAUCAAAGCAUCGUGUUAUAUGGAAUGUUCUGCUUUGACACGUUCGGGUCUUAACCAAGUAUUUGAUGAAGCUUUACACACAGUCUUGAACCAAACGCAACAGGCCAAAAAAACGAAAUUUUGCACCUUGUUGUAA